CUCCUCGGGGCUGGGGGCUCCCGGCCAUGAGUGCCCACCUGGCCCUGCCGCCCUACCCACCCUACCCUGCCGCGGUGAGGUAUGGGGACUAUUACUGGCCCUCCCCAGGCAGCAUGGACAGCGCGUCGGCGGAGGAGGUCCCCGCGGCAGAUGCCCUCCCCUUCCCUGCGGCAGAGAAGACCCUUCGCCACCCAGAUGUCUCUCCAGCUUCCUCCAGCUCUGGGACCCUCAUUCAGUACACUCCAGAUUCUGCCACAAGCCCCACCACGGAAGACCCAUCUCCACAUCCCUCUUCCCAGAAGAUCAAGGAGGAAGGUGAAGGUGGGGUGAAGAAGGCCAAGAGCCGAACAGCCUUCUCCCAGGAGCAGCUGCAAACCUUGCACCAACGGUUCCAGAGCCAGAAGUACCUCAGCCCCCAGCAGAUCCGGGAGCUGGGCUCAGCCCUGGGGCUCACUUACAAGCAGGUGAAAACAUGGUUUCAGAAUCAACGGAUGAAGUUUAAACGCUGCCAGAAGGAGAGUCAAUGGGUGGAAAAAGGAACUUAUCUACCCCAGAAUGGGUUUCAUCAGGCUGCAUAUCUGGAUAUGACCCCUACAUUUCACCAGGGCUUCUCUGUUGGUACCAGCAGAAACCUUCAGGCUGUGACCAACGUCCAUCAGGCUUACAGCAGUGGCCAGACAUACGGGAAUGGGCAGAGCCUGUACCCGUUCAUGGCUGUGGAGGAUGAUGGGUACUUUGGAAAAGGUGGGACAAGCUGCAAUACCCAGCAAGCCAUGGAUUUAUUAAGCCAGCAGAUGAACUUCUAUCAUGGCUACCCUCCCAAUGUGGAUUAUGCCAGCCUGGAGUCAGAUGAGACCUACAGCUUCCAGAACACCUCUGACAGCAUCACACAGUUCUCAGGCUCUCCUGUACGGCAUCAGUACCAGGCCCCUUGGCAUCCCCUGGGGACCCAGAAUGGUUAUGAGUCUUAGGCCCAAGUAUUUUCUCCCUUUUUAGUGUUUUCUCAUUAAUUUCUAGGGUCUUGAUCCAGACAUCCAGUUUUUAUUCCUUCUUCCCCACUCUUCAUCCCUACUUCUGUUCUAUUCAUUGGCAGGGCACAGCACCUUGCUGCCUUGGGCUCCUUUUCCAAUUAAAGGCAUCAGUCUGUGCAUAGCUAACCCCUGGCAAGGGUACUUAAUGUUUGGAUACAUGAAACUAUUCAUGGAGGGGAAUGUACAAUGCCACAGCAAGAAGCAGCAGAGGUGGAAAAGGUCCAUGUCCACUGUCCAAGACCCACCUUCCUCUGCUGCGUCUUCAGCAAGUGACUUUUUUACAAUCCUUGCCUUGUGUGUCUUGAAGCAGAGCUUUGCUGGCGAAUAAUUCUCUGUGCUUCAGCAUAUUUCUGUUAGAAAUGCCUUGUUGUAGCCCAGAAUCUUCCCUGCUGUCUUGUCUAUUUCUGUUGUGACUUCAGUCAACUGCUAAUAAGUUCUUCAUCUGGGUCCUCUCCUCCCUCACUGAAGAGCUAAAUGAAAUCAUCUGAUCUCAGACAACUUGAUCCAAAGUUAAUCCUUCCUCCUCCUUCUCCUAGUGGGGUCAGCACCUGCCUGCCUCUGGCCUGCUGCCUUCCUGUGUAAAUGGGGCAGCUGAGGGGAGGGAAGGAGCACAGGAAAGAAAAGUGGGAGAGAGUAAGGCCCAUAUUUGGCAUAGAAACUUUCUCUGUGGUACCUAAAGCUGGUAACUUUUUUUGUAUCUCUUGACUCAUUCAGGAUGGUGUCUCUAGAUUUGUUCUCACACAGUUUAGAUCUAGAUCUUCCUCUUCCACAUCUCUCUGCUGACUGUGUUGACUUGUCCCCUCCUGCAGUUUGCAGGAGAGGGUACCCUAAAGUGCUGCUGUUGGAAGUGUAAGGAGUGGCUGUGUGUAGCCAUCCUUUGAGUAAUGAGAACAGUUUGCAUAUCAGUACAUGAAGGUCCCCUAGCACUUCACAAACACAGCACCACUAGAAUGCAGCUUUCCCUGGAGCAGGGGGGAGCAGCUAAGUAAAAGAUUUGGUUAUUUGAUGUUUAAUGUCACUUAACCUGGACUCUGGAUGUAGGGGAGGAAAAUCCUGUUGGGUCCCAGUGAGGUCAGCAUCCUAGGGGCUAGAGCAGGAUGGUUCCCUACUCUCUUGUCUCUCAUCCCAGUUUUAAAGAGUGUAAGCUAGUAGGAUUUUCAUCGCUUCUCCAGGGUUUAGUUGGAUCUCUUCUAUAUUCUUCUAUUGAAAAGGGCACUGGCUGCCUCAUCUGAUGUCAGUAUGCAAGUUCUGGGGAAGGUGAGAAGCUUAGAGAAACCUAUUUAGACAAAGUGAGGAAAAACUCCACUUAAAUUUUUCAGCUUUUUUUUUCUUUUUUUAAGAGAACUGAGUCAUCCCCUGCCAGUAUUGAGAAACUGGAAGUCAGCUCCAACCUGUGUGUGAAACUGACUUUUUAAUGGGAUGUGGAACUGCAGAGUCCAGUCUGCCACUGCCCAAGAAUACAAAAUGAUGGUAUGAGCUGUCAGUAAUGUUAUGAGGUGGUAAAAGUGUAAAUAGUUCUGUGGUAGGGCAGGUUUGUUAAUGCACAAUUCUUACUGCAGUCCUGUCCUCUAAUACUUGCACGAGGACUGUGUAUUGUAGUUGAACUUUGACUGUGAAGGAGGCAAGUUUACUGUUCUAGAAUCAUUUUUUGUGCAGUAUAUUUUGUAUAUUUUCUUGCAGUGAUUUUUGAUCCUUGGUGUGUGUAUGUGGUUUUUUAUUACUUUGUUUCUGCCUAAUGCUUUUACAAAUUUGUCUGAAUUGAA